AUGAGCAGCUUGCCAGUUUUUGCGCUUGCAACAAAGGAUGACUCACUCAGCGUGGCAUCAUGUGCCGUUUCCAAGGACACGGACUUGCCUGUCAAUCGCAAGCUUCACUCCUUCGGCGAGUUCCAUGCAGGCAGCAGGGGCAGCAGCUAUCUUCCGGGGAAGUUGCUGCAACAGCGUUUGCCUCGGACAUUCAACGAAAGCAUGGAGCACAUUGCCCAAGAACGUCGCGAGGAAUAUGGUAUGCCAAGAGGUGUGACUGGACUUGGACGUGGCUUUGACCCCUGGUCGCGGCCAGGAAGAGUCAAUGCGAUGCCGUCAGAUGCCGAUUGGUUGCCGAACCAUCGCGCGCGUACCUUCAAUGGCAGCCUGCAGGGCGAACGCUGCGGGAGUUCGCCGAUACAGACACCUGCAGGCACAUUCAUUGCCACACCAACCUGGAGUGAGUCUGGUGAGUUUACCACUCGCCGUGAAGAUCCUUGCAGUCCUUUGUACGUCCAGGCUACGCCGCAGCGUUGGGCUAGUGAGCACUGCCAGGAAAUGUCGCAGCAUCAUGCACCACUCCAAUCUUCCGUGUAUCCUGGAUUCGGGCUUUUGGGCUCCGACCAGACUGCAUUCUUGGGCAUGUUCGGCAAUACUCGUGAGAACCACCAUAGAGCGUAG